ACCUGGUACAGCUACCCUCGAGCUCGUAGCCCUCUACAGAGCAAUUCACUUCUACACAGCUACCCCUCCCUGUCACUGACGCAACAAACCCUCACGAUUCACUUUGUUCACUUCGGCCGCCCCACUUAUUCGCUGGACCGCAAUCUCAGCUAUAUAACUAGGCAGCCGGGAGUCAGACUUGAUGGAGGCACCUUGGCUACUGGCCUUAUCGCAACUGCCUUGAAGACUUGGUCUUCAAUUGCUAGCGAAGCCAGAAACUAUGCCGGAAACUCGCGAUGACGGUCAGCUUCCAAAGCCACAGUCUGAGAAAGAGAGAGCACACCAGAUAUCUCGGCGCCUUUUGUUGACUCACCAGGGCUUCAAAGUGGCGAAGGAGUACCGUACAGAAAUUGCUGCUAGCAGUAGCAGCUUGUUAUCAACACUGGCCGCGUAUCCUCUAGACUCCGUCAAGACUCGCAUGCAAGCGUACAAGUUCUCUUCGUUCGCCGAUUGUGUUGAACAUACGUAUAGGUCUGAAGGUCUCCAUGGAUUCUGGAGAGGUGUCUGGUCUCCACUAGCAAGCAUUACACUGGUUCGCACGGUAUCGUUCUCCAUCUAUCAAAAAGCAAAGUACACGUACGAUAGCUGGAUCUUUAGAUCAACCGGGCAGUCACCGCUCGUGGUGGCCAACACCAAGAAUGCAAUGCCGACUCUUGCAACCAUGGCAUGCUUUGGAGCCGCAGGUGCAACCGCAGGCUGUGUUAUAUCUUUCAUUGCUUGUCCUUUUGAACUGACCAAGCUCAGCGCACAGAUUGCAGUCCUGAUGUCAAAGGGCAAUGGUAGAGGUGAAGCGACUGCGAAAGAAACGGCAAGAGGCAAGAGCUACGAGCAGCUGGGAACCUGGAAGACUGCCAAGCAGAUCGUCAAGUACAGAGGCUUCGCUGGACUCUAUUCCGGCUUUCACCUUCAUACGCUUCGCGACACCAUCGGCACCGGUAUCUACUUUAUGACCUAUGAGAGUGCUAAGCAGGUUCUUGCCAACGCACGCGGCAAUUCUCCAACCAGUCCUGCGGCUGUAGUCGUUGCUGGUGGACUCUGCGGCCUCGUUAGUUGGGCAUGCAUCUAUCCAAUCGACUCUGCAAAGAGCAUCUAUCAGCGCAAUUGCUUGACCAGCGACAAGAAGGACACUAAAAGGCCUAAAGUUCAAUUCUUCAAUCCUCGCAUGUAUCGAGGUCUCACUGUUUCGAUGACCCGCUCAUGUAUCGUCAAUGCCGUCUUCUUUUCAGCCUUUGAGAUGACAAAGAAGUAUAUUAACCAUUUCGAAUAUGAUGAGGAUAUCAUCAGACGUGGAUUGGAGCAGCAGGAAGAACUUGCAUCUCGGAAGUAGUGAUAAGUAUCGACUUACGCAGGUACGAAAUGGAACAUGGAGCAUUGUAGGACAACAGUGGGAGGCUUCGUCGUGUUCUUUCUUGGAGUAAGACUUUUGGGUCAUUUACUCAAAACGGAUAUCGGAACGGCUUGCAUCAUCACGCGGAGUCUCACGGAGUUGUUCGUGUUAAUCUUCACGUCUCAUCGGAAGGUUCAGUUGGGCGCUUCUUCACUUCACUGGGUUAUAUGGGUGUAACUGAGCACAUAGCCGUCGGUGUUUCUCGUCUAGGAAUGGUCCCUUGGUAGGAUCUGUCAUUAUACGCAGUACAUUCGAACACGGAUCUGAUUAUCAUGAACUUUGCUAAUUGUGUUCCUACGUUCUUGAAUCCACCAGAUGUAGCUAAUGAAGAUAUGAUACAGGUCA